GUCUAGUUAUUAUUGUUGCAUUAAACAAUAUGUUGCUAUUCGUUGUGUCAGUGUGAGCGUCGAAUAUUUGGAAAUUGUAUAGGUACGUUAUAGUGUUGAUAAUGAAGUAUCUUAAUUAGUUAAUUUAUUGGUGAUGUCUUGAUCUUGAACGAUAAAGAAAGCAGUGAUUGUCCAGAAUGAACGAUCAAUCAAUGUUUGUGUUUGAACUCGGCGAGUUGAGGAAAAAUGUAAAUGAUUUAUGCGAAUGUCCAUUGAAAUUGGACGAUUCUCAAACGAAAGACAUGGUGCGCGAAUGCGUUAAUAUUAUAAAGCACGUUGAAAUGCAGAAAUGCAAAGAUUUGAAGUGGACUGCGAAGAUGUUUAAGAACAUCGCCUCACACUUGGAGCAGUUCAAGAACUUCAGUUGUUCCAAUCCCAUUGUAUCUGAAAAUAUUAAACACCGGAUGGAUUCGUGCAUCGGGAUGGAUUACCUUCUGCCCAGUUUGAAAAUUGAUGUCGAUAGUUUGGAGAAUUUUUUGCGGAGCACUUCGAAAGAAGUAUUGCAUUUGCACGCCGGCAUUAGGCACGAGACUGUGAGCUGGAAGAAACGGGAGUGUCUGGAGGAUUUGAAUAAAUUGUACAAGAUCGUCCAUACGAAAUACUGCAAAGUUAACUGCGGCCUACACGAGGUGCUUAAAUACGUUAAGGAGUUGCUGCUAGAGCAGGCAAAAGCAAUUUCCCAACUCGAUAUGGUGAUGGAUUACAUGGACAAUGUUAAGAGUUACAUCGUUUUAGAUGGAAGUUAUUUGAAGGAUUUCAGGGAAUCCGUUGAGAAUCCGAACCCGAGGAUCGAGAUGAUCCUGCUUAGAUCGCUGGAGAUGACGAAUUGCGAUGAUCGCCGCGAGUUUUGCUUCGAGGAAUUGCACGAGGUGUGGAUGGAAUACGCCGAUCUAGAGGAGAGUUUGAACGACUUGAAAGAGGUCAUUUGUAAUUUGCAAGAAUCGCAUGACUUGUUGCAGACUGUCGGAGAGUCUAUCGCGAAUUUUAGUCUUCUGUGCUCGUACGAUUUACAAUUGCACUCGAUCGAAUCACAAAUUUCGAUGAAUUCAAUGACUUUAUGAUUUAAAGUCAAGAAAAUGAAGGCAAUCGGAUGUGAAAUUUAAUAUCCGAUGCAACAAACAUUUUAUAUUUGUAAGAUUAAUAUAAGUUUUCAAUUUUGAU